AUGGAGAGCCGCGGGGUUACUCUUGCUAUGGGAUCCACAGACGGUAAUCGAAGCGGUCCUGAAGAAUGGCGCGACCAGUGGACGAUCGUGAGUUUACAAUCAAAAUUCUCAGGGCGGAACCUGUGGCUUCACUACUCCACGAUGUCACCUGCGCCAACCCGAGUAAACAUUCGCGAGCACGAGACGUCUAAAAGCCGACCACCAAGCCAUGUUGUGCAUGACGCCAAACUGUAUACGGCAUAG